AUUCACUCCUCCUUGUCGCAGCGCCAUUGCCCCCGGCCCGAAUGUCUUGCAGCUUCUAAAUACAGAUCGCGACCAUCUAGACGACCUCGCCCAGCUCCUUGAACUCUAUCAUCAUCGUGGUGGUGGGUUCCUAAGUGCGAUCCUUGGUUUCCCGGGUUUCCCAGCUGCAGUGCCUCGCGACUUUCUCGAACACCACUUUAUUAUCUCCACCACUUGAGAAUCGAUUCGAUUCCGACCUACCACAACAACAACAGAGAUGGCCUCCAGCUUCCCUUUGCGCCGACUUCCGGCCGCUCUUGCCCGUCGCCAACCCCGGGUUAUCAACACUUCGAAGCGCCUGAACUCCACCGCCGCCGUGCAGUACCAGAACCCCGCCUACCCGCUCUACCCAUCGGUCAGCAGCCUGCUGCACGAGAAGGGGAUCCCGGAAUCGGAGAUCUCCAAGAUCCCCGCCACGGGCCCCAAGGGCCGACUCCUGAAGGGCGACGUGCUCGCCUACCUGGGCAAGAUCCCCGCCGAGUACCCGGCGACCCAAGCGGCGCGCUUCGCCAAGCUGGGCCAGCUGGACCUGAGCAACAUCAAGAUUGUCGCUGCUGAAGCCCCCAAGCCCGCCGAAGCCGAACCCACCCCCAAGCCUGCCGAAGCCCCCGUCUUCCGUCCACCUCCCACCACCCGCGUCGCCGUCCCCAUCUCCCUGGCCGCCGUGCUGCACGCCCAGAAGCGCCUGCAGGACAAGCUGCACAUCACCGUGCCGCUGUCGACCUUCCUGGAGCGCGCCACCGACCUCGCCAACGAGGACCUCCCCCGCUCCGUGCGCGAGAAGCCCACGGCGGACGAGCUCUUCGACGAGCUCGUCCUCGGCGCCGCUCCCGCCCGCACCUCCCGCGGCGAGUACUUCCCCGAGUUCAACGCCGAGGAGGACGCCGUCGUCAUCCCCAAAACCAAGUCCGUCACGGAGGAUAUCAUCGACAUUCUGGCCGGCAGUGGCAAGGCCGCCGCCAAGAAGGUGGUUUCCUCGGUUUCCUCGGUCACCGGCGCAGCGCCGGCCGCGGGCGCGGCCAACGUCUUCAGCUUGACGGUCCCCGUGGGCGAUGAGAAGAGAGCUCAGGUUUUCUUGGACCGCGUCAAGUCGCUGUUGACGGUUGAGCCGGGCCGGCUUGUUCUAUAGAUCUGUUUCUUUUUUUUUCGCCUGUUCUUUUUUUAUUCAUCCCCGUGCACGUCUCGUUUUGGAAUGACGUUUCCUAUUUUUUUUCGCCCC